CAGGUUCCGACUCGACCCUUUGCAAUGCGCCCCCUUUUCACGAAGAACACAAAACCGCAUCGAUAGCAGCGAAAGAAGGCUCAGUGUCGAUGCGAAGUGUUGAUGGUACUGUAAAACCAUUGACGCGUCUCUGAAAUCGAUUCCUUUCGCACAGAGAGGGGCGGGAAAACUUUCAAUUCUAGCUCAUUCAUCUUUGGAAUCCGCAGCUCUUUCUCUCUCAUCAAAUAUAUUGGUUUAAGAGGUCUGCUGCUCUUUCUCUCUUAUUAAAAGCAUGUGUUUGAAGGGGUUGUGAUCAUUGUUACAAGUUUUUUUUGAGAUUUUUCAUCAGCCAUCCAUUCUGGUUGCAAUAAGAGAACCAGUAGGUUUUCUCUCCCACAGCUAGGGGACAUGAAUUUCUAGAGAGUGAACGAGCUUUGAGCAGCGUACUUUACGGCCACAUGAUGUGCCUAAUGGAGGUCUGACUUUGAACCACACGAAGCAGCGUAAAAUGGAUGAGGCUUCUCAUGGAGAGCAAAAUUGUCCUAGAAGUUUAAUCUUGGAUUCAGAAAGGUGCAGCACAAGCUUUGAACAAACAACUAAGGAGGAAGUUCCAUCAAUAGGAGUACACUCUCUUGAAAUCGAACGGUUGACUCCUGCACCUAUAGAUCCUGGAUACGCUGGCCCUAAUUCUGGAAUAAUUGGCAGAAAUACAGCCUCCAAAGGGAACUCUAGCAGGCAAGAGUGGAAAGGAAAGAAAGUCGCUUCACAAGUGGGAAGCAGGAGUUAUUUUCUGCGAUCUUCAUCAAAUGGCGUUCGAGUUCUUCGCCCUAGGUCUAUUGGAACUAGCAAAACUUCCCCUGCUGCAAGUUCUAAAUCAUCGCCCAUCAUGCCUGAAAGAAGAAAGAGUAGAAGAGAAAAGCGUAAAUUAAAGGAAGUCUUGUCCAAUGAUGAAUACUCAAGAACCAGGAAAAGUGUAAGAUAUUUAUUGGCUAGAAUAAACUUUGAGCAGGGCCUAAUUGAUGCUUACUCUGGGGAAGGAUGGAAAGGACAAAGUCAAGAGAAAGUCAAGCCUGAGAAGGAGCUUAAACGUGCAGAAGAUGAAAUAGUGCGCCGCAAAUUGAGAAUACGUGAUUUAUUUCAACAUCUUCAAACAUUAUGUGAGGAGGGAAGGAUUCAUGAAUCUUUAUUUGAUUCUGAGGGGAAGAUUUACAGUGAAGAUAUUUUCUGUGCCAAAUGUGGCUCCAAAGAUGUACCUCCUGAUAACGAUAUCAUAUUGUGUGAUGGUAUAUGUAAUCGAGGCUUUCAUCAAAUGUGUUUGGUACCUCCUCUAUUAAAAGAACAAAUUCCACCUGGGGAUGAAGGUUGGUUGUGCCCUGGAUGUGAAUGCAAAGCAUUUUGUGUUGAUUUAGUUAAUGAUUAUCUUGGAACUGACCUUCUCAUUGAGGAUGGUUGGGAGAAAGUUUUUGCUGAGGCUGCUGCCUUGGCCUCCGGAGACAAGCAGUACGAUGAUCUUGGACUUCCCUCAGAUGAUUCAGAGGAUAAUGAUUACAAUCCUGAUGGCCCAGACAUUGAUGAUGAGGCUCAAAACAGCAGCUCAAGCUCCGAAGAGUCUGAUAUGACAUCUGGAUCUAGUGAUUCUGAAAGCUCAUCGAGCGAUGAUGAGGCUUCCAGCUUAGAUGAAGGUUCUGGAUCAUCCUUGCCAGGACCUUUCCUGUCUGCUGAUUUGUCUCUUAAUGGCUCUGAAGGAAGAUCUAAUCAAAAGAAACCAAGGAUGAAUUCUGAGCUUCUAUCGAUUCUGGAGCCAGAAUCUAAUGGGAAAGUUGUUUCCCCUCUACCAGGAAAACGGAAUCGGGAAAGAUUGGACUACAAGAAGCUUCAUGACGAGGACUAUGGAAAUGUUUCAUCUGAUUCGAGUGAUGAUGAAGAUUGGGUUGCCAUGGAUACCUCAAAGAGAAAGAAGAGUGGUGGAGUUGGAAGAGGGACCAGAUUGCCUACAAAACACUGCACUUUAUCCCCUGGGAGUCUGAAAAUUUAUGAAUCAAUCCCGAGCUUGCCUGAGACACAAAUUUUAUUGCAGAAACCAAAUUCAGAGACAAUACAAGUUGGCAGUAGUUUGACUCAUAAUAUCCCAGGGAAUAGUCAGAUUCAAGUUCAUGGUGUCAGUGCUUCAGGUGUAAAAUCUCAUGUAGGUGGUGGUGAGCAUAUAUCUUCUAGAAAUGGGCCUGUAACACCUCUCUCUAAAAGGUUUGGCAGACUAGUAACUCAGAGCCUCCAUAACUCCUUUAAAGAAAAUAUGUAUCCCACAAAAGAAACAAGAGCGAAGUUGGCUGAAGAGCUUGGUAUCACAUUCAAGCAGGUUUCCAAGUGGUUUGAGAAUGCUCGCGUGGCCUUGCGCAAUGCAAAACUGUUACCGCCUGGCAAAACAGUCUCUCCUAGUGUGUCCCAUCCCAUGCCUUCCAUGGCUUGCCAGAUGCCUACAACCAGUGGAGGCAUGGAAGAAAAACCAAAUGAAACUGGUGGUGAAGAACCAGAACAAAGAAGAGAGACUUGUGGCGAAAUCAAUUCCUUAUCGAGUCUAACAAGGCUUGACCAGAGGGAUGGUGGCGUUCCUGAAGAGUUACUGGAAACGAAUGCCUCUCUAGUUGAGGCUAGUGCAAAGAACUCUCAAAGAGUUCGAACACCACAAAAGGCAAGUCAGGAGAAUAAUGAGGUAAAUAGAACACGAGGCAUCCAGACAAGAAGUAGGAAAGUAAAUUCCUGACUAUUUAUUGUUGAGAAGAUGGGACCCUCGAAUACCUAGGUUGGGUGGCUGCAAUGGAGGAAUUUUUGGAUUGGGCCAGGACCAAUUUUUGAUGUUGGAAUUUAUUGGAUUUGUUUAUUUUUUCCAAGUUAUCAAUUUGGGGUAUGCCCUUUGGGUUGCUGCUCUUAUUAAGAAAGUGGCAUAUGCCAAUUAAAUUUAAGUCUGCCUCACACCUUGCUUUCGCUGAUAUGAGCAGUUUUAACUCUAUCUUCCUCUUUGUUGUAGUACUGAAUACUGAUGUCCUUAUGUGUAAGUUAAAUUGGUAAUUUUGCUUUAUAUCCCUAAUUACCAUUUCUUAA